AUGUCUUUGAACAAUGGAGCGAAGCUCUCCUUUGUGACGGGGAAUGCCAAUAAGCUAAAGGAAGUGCAAGCCAUCCUGCUUGAUUCUCAAGGACAUCUCCUCGAGAUUGAGCCAAAAGAUUAUGAUCUUCCGGAAAUCCAGGGUACAACGCAGGAGAUCGCGAAAGAAAAGUGCAGGGCAGCCGCUCGACUGGUUAAUGGACCAUGUAUCGUCGAAGAUACGGCGCUUUGUUUCAAGGCCAUGAACGGCCUACCGGGCCCAUAUAUUAAAUUCUUUCUUAGAGAAGUCGGUCUUAAUAACAUGCUCGUAGGAUUCUCUACAAAAGAGGCCUGGGCGCUGUGCACCUUUGCGUACUCGUCCGGACCUGAAGCGGAACCUAUACUUUUCGAAGGCCGGACGGACGGCACGAUAGUCCCCGCCCGUGGCACGGGAAAUUUUGGAUGGGAUUCAAUAUUCCAGGCUGAGAAUACUAGCCAGACAUAUGCCGAGAUGGAUCCAUUAGAGAAGAACAAGAUCUCACAUCGUUACCGCGCUCUGAACAAGAUGAGAGAAUAUCUGAUGUCUGAAAAUGUGAUAUAG